CAACUGAACUUGUUUCUCAACAAGAUCAAAUUAAGUUAAAAGUUCUCUACUUUUCUUACCCGUAGCCAAGUAACAAGAGAAGACAGCAAGCAUACCAUCAAAAUGAGCGUAGAGUUGCUAGAUGGUUCAACAAUUCUUAGCUUUCUGGAAGAUGAACAUGCAUUCAGCGUCUCAGUUUGUGACCGUUUCGCCAACCUUGAUAAAGAUAAAGAUGGUCUUCUUUCCUAUGCAGAAAUGAUGAGGGAGCUAAUGAGUCUGAGGGUAUUUGAGACUCAUUUCGGAAUCGAUGAGAAACCAGACCCAGAUGAGGUUGCUAAGUUGUACAAUUCCUUGUUCCUCAAAUUCGACCAUGACUCGAAUGGAUCUGUGGAUUUGGAGGAGUUCAAGGCAGAGACCAAACAAAUGAUGCUUGCUAUGGCCAAUGGUAUAGGAGUUUUGCCUAUACAAAUGGCCCUGGAAGAGGAUAGCAUCCUCAGAAAAGCUGUGGAGAUGGAGACCACAAAGUUGGGUGCUUAAAUUGCUGUUGUGACUCCUGAUUCAUCUUUUAUUUUACCAUUGCAAUGUCGUUUUUCUUUCUAUGUUUUGCGGCUACAAGAUUUUGAAUUCUAGACCUUGUACUAAUCAGUUGAAUUAAUGAAAAAUGUUAUGUUUUUGAUAA